AUGUCCGCGGCGAAGAGACGGCGCCGCUCUCUCAACUCGAAGUACGAUGGUCUUCUCAAGUCGGGUCAUUCCCUAGUCACUAACUCUCACUCCCUUGUACUCACACCCUCCCUUAUCCCCGACAGAUCGCGAGUUCAAGCCAGCAGCACCCGCGUGCGACGCGAUCGUCUCCGUAGCCGCCAGAAGUUGUGGGACGAUCUAGGCUUCGGGCCAGUGGACGUCGAAACGCAAGAAGCGCCCGCUGCGCCUACUCUGACAGAUUGUCGAUAUCAGGACUUGGUGUGGCCAGCCCGUGCUGACACCUUUGCGAUCCCACCUUCCUCGCCACCCACUGAUAAUCUUGGCACCCACAGUCAACUUCAACCUUCACCUCGAUGGGCUGACGGUUCCACUUUCACUUCUGAAUGGCCCUUCGAGCCUCAGCUUGAGCCCACCCCGGAGCCGAGAGCAUCAGCGGUGGAUCUGGAGGAAAGUGCCCGUCGGUUGUCGUGCCCUCCCCAACCAGCGCCGAUCCAACUGCUCUGGACACCACACGGUAUCAUUAGUUGCAACGGCGAGCCGGUCGAGCUGUACUACCCACCCAAUAUGAACAGCUCCACCAUGGCCACAUCCUGGCCAUCCAACAUUGAACAGGAAGUGCCCCAGAAUGUCAACAUCCUGCAUCCCGACAGCGGAAGACCGCAUCCUGAGCCUUGGGCACACCCGACUUCCGUUCAUGACGAAACCAGGGUCUCGGACGGAAGUGCCAUGCGAGACACCGGCGUUCCGCAGGCAAUGAUGAGUUCAAGACGGUUUCUCCAGCCUCCGCAACAAGAUGACCCGCCGCCCCGACACAUCCCGAGAGACGACCUGUCUGAUUCCCUCGACUCUCUCACCUUCGAUGAGCCAGAUCCAAGUGCUGUUGGGAAUGUCUCCCAGUUGGCUCUCGAUCUCGACGAGAAACCGGGAGAUUUCGAUGACAUUGAGGAGGGACUGGUGCCGGUGUUCGAUGGUCGCAGUGCACACAGUGAGCAACCUGAUAGUCACAGCGCAGCGGAGGGUGAUGUGCUUGACGCCAAAUUGUUGUCAGACUCGGCAACUCGAAUCAACGUCAAUGAAUCGACAGCCAUCAAUGAAGACCCCAUUUCAGGUGCCGUGCAGCGGCCCGAGCUCGACUACGGCCGUCAUCGCUCAAGCCUCAGGCUACCCGACAAGUACGAGAGCUCCCAGUAUCCUGCUGAAGUCGAUGUCGAGAAAGGGGGGAUUACCUCCAGCAAGCAGUCAAGAGUCCGUCUGGAACCUCUACUGAGUCGUCUCGUGCAAGCCCGCUCUCAGCUAACAAUGGAGUCUCCUAGAUCCAGCUCUCAAAGCGGGACUCUGCGUCCCCCGCCCCGUGCGAACCGAACGCCCUAUGCUCCUCGUAAGAUGACCCCAAAGCACACGUUACGUUCCCAAGCCCCUGCGCCGCACACGCCCACGCUUCGCCCCAGAAAGCCACCAGUCAACCACCGACUGCGAGCGCCCGAUCGACGUGACCAAGAGUCAGUCCAGCUCUUGCAGAAAGCACCCAGCCCACCACCGCCAAACGCCAACACUGACUCCUCGCCGCUCCAGAAGUCAACCUCACCACAACCACUCGAACCCUCACAGCAAAAUAUCAGCGACGGCAAGGAAACGGUGGAUUACGGCUCUGAAGACGAGUUGCUGCUCCAGCCAGACGCCCCCGCUGAGAGGCUGGCCAUGGCAACUGAGAUCAUGUCCAGUAUCGGCGGUUUGGGGGGUCGACAGACCAGUGUCGGGCCAAGUCGAGUGACUCCAACCUUACCGCCUGGAGCGACUACAACUCCGUAUCACAAACCGGGGCUACAUACGUUAUCACAGACCAUCUUCAAGCGGCGCCCAGAGGCUUGGGCAAACCUGACAUACCUACAGCAGCCUGGGACGAAUAGUCUGGACCCUAAAACGCCGGCGCCGCCAACGCCCACGAUCGCCCCUGUCGACGUAUGGCUAAGCGUCGGUGGAAUAGAUGAAGGCGACAAGCGGCUGGAGAGCAUCGGCGAGGUGCCGGAGCUGGAGGAGAUCGAGGUCGACGAGGAGGAGUCUGAGUCUGACGAGAAAGCGCCCGACACCGACGUGGCCGAGUCGAUCCGGUCAUUCACGCCAUCGCAGGAAAAGCCGCGCAAACGAAAGAAGAAGAAGCAGGUGCGCUUCAACCUGGACCACGAAGAGUUCUUCUACGAGCCCGAGCCGGAUGCUAGGAGGAUCCUCGGGCUGCUGAAGCCUCGACUGGACGACGAGCACGACGUCGGACUCGCAACGGCCGUGUACCAGAUCGGUGGCGGAACGAAGUCUUCGCAGCAGCAACAAAACAGCGAGGCAGCCAAGGUGGCCAAGGAGAGGGAAGCAAGCCUAUCACCCGCUUCUCCGGAGUCACCCGCAUCACCCGCACCAUGCGCUUCGUCACCUUCCCCGGCCCCGGCUUCGCCAGCACCAGCUUCUCCGGUCCCUCAAGCCGGAACCCAGACCGUGCCGGAAGACGAUAAGAAUGGCAUCGGCUUCACAAUCUACCGCGACGGGUAUUAG